GCAAAAUGAAAAGAAAAUUAAGAAACACUUACAUUGCAAGCCAGAAGAUGGUAAUUAUAGCUGUAAACUGUAAAGUUCAUAAAACUAUGCCUUUAAUUAAUGCCUGUGUAGUACUGCACUGCAUGUUAGCAAAUACAGUCAUUAUAUUUUCUAUUUAUUAAAGCAUCAACAUUUUUCGCUGUGAGCCAUUUUGACAAAUAUUACACAUCAUGUGCCGAUGAAGAAAAUCCUGGAAAUAAGGAGACUAAAGCUAUAGUUGCACAUAAUAUUGAGCUGAUCAAACGUGAAGAAGUAUUUCCUGUUUGUGGUGAGUGGGCUCUACGUGCACACCUUGCAAUGAAGUAUAAGGAAAGAGAUGAGAUUUCAUGUGAUGCUGUUAAGGAGGCAUAUAUGUGUAAAAAAGUACAGCCUAAAUGGAUACAUUCUGAUACAGUAGUUGAAAAAGCUUCACACGUUUUAAAUGUUUCAGCUUUUGAAGAAUUCGAAAAAAGUUUAAAAUAUUCAAUUGAUCAAACUAAUCUUCAGCAGUGGAAUGUUACAGUGUAUCAACAAUGUCAUGCACUUUUAGAAGGUCCUAUUCAAGCAGGAGAUAAUGUUUUACAGAUUAUUGAGUCUAAAAUUAAUAGUAGCAAGGAAAAAGUACAGGAAUUAGUGAUAAAAAUGCAAACUUUACAUACUAUGGAAGAAGCUGUUAAAAAAAGCAUUUUAGAAGAAUUGGAACUAGAUUCACACCAAAAUUUAUCUAAUUUCCUUUCAAAAAAAAUACCACAAAAAAUUGAAGAAAGACUGAAGUCAUUUCAUACAAGCUGUAUGGAUAGUGUUAAAUCUAGUGAAAACUACACAUUUGGUGAAUUUUUGGGAGACAGGGAUGUGUUUAUUGAGCAGGACCUAUCCAUUGUGAUUAUGCAAGAGCUGAACAAUGAAGCAAAAAAACAUAUUGAAGCUGUAAAAUCCAGGCUUCAAGAAAAAUAUAAUAGAUUGGUAAGGCACAUACUGGGUGACAGCACAACUUUCAAUGUGGAAGUUGAAGCCCAAGAAGUUAAUAGUUGUUUUACUGGUGAGCCCCCUGAAGGCAUAAAUGGUUUUGUCAGGUAUAAAGCUCAAAAGAGAAGACGGUGGAACAUUCGAUGGGGAAUUGCUAUUGGAGUAGGUGGUUUUGGAGUGCCAGGCAUCCUGGUUACUAUGGGAUUAUCAGCUUUAUCAACACCGGUUUUAAUCUCAUCAGCUGCAGUUAUUGCUGGGAUGGGAAUAGUUGGAUCCACUUUACUCAUCAGAAAAGGAUUAAACAGUACAGAACAAAAUACAGAACUGAGUGAAGAUGAAGUCAAGCAACUGUGUGACAAAAUCAAGAAUGAGAUUACAAAUAAAUAUGAAACCAAGAUAAAGCAAGAAUUUGAGAAAGUAGAAUUAAACUAA